AUGACUCAAGUUUCCCUAGGACAUAGACACACGGAAAAUGAGGAAGAUAACAAUUUCAUGCCGGGCAUCACUGAUGAGAUGCUGCUGAGGCAACUGGGCUUCGAAGUGCAGAAUGAUGAUGAGCUGGACUAUGAUUUCACUGGCUUGGUUCCUUCCACGGUCAAUCUCCCAAAGCGAGCUCGGCGAGUUGGCAACUCCCCAAUGACAGGCCUCAAUGUCGAGUCACUAGAUCGAACUCGUGGCCACGCUUCUACUCGAUCAUCUUCCGCGGCACAUAUGGCACAAUCCCCAGUGUCUGUCAUUGAUAUCACAUCAGAUACCGAGGAUGAAGAUGACCCUCUGCCAAAAGUCCUAGAACUUUUUCCCGAUAUUAGCCAACAAUACGUAAAAGACCUAUUUGCCCGUCAUAAACCUGACCAGGAUACGAGCUACGAGAAAAUAAUCGAGGAGAUUCUGGCUAAUCCAUCUUACCCCAAGCAGAAGGAGUUGAAGAGAAAGAGGACAGUGACAGAAGAUGAUAAAGACUGGGAAUCUGGCCCAGGCCAUCAUGGCGAUACUCUGUAUCUCAAUACAGCUGCACGGAUAUUGGCGCAAGAAUUCCCACAUGUUCCCACCCAAUACAUUCGACAGGUUAUGGAUGAUAAGCAAAGGCUCUACACUGCUUACCUAUACUUUUCUAAACACGAGAGUACAAUUAUUGGUUCCAAACCAUACGAGAGAUUAAAGCGGGCAAGGAAAGCACAAUCUACUCCUACACCAUUUCCGGAACUUUUGGGGACGGGGUCGUUAACACAGGAACUCGACGCUGCAAAGAAAAAAGCCGCCUUAGCCGUCAAGAAAAAUGAAGAAGAAGAGGCAGAGAGACUCAAUGAGGAGGAGCACACUAAAGCAGGUACCCUUGUGGAGUGUCAGUGCUGCUAUUCAGAUGUUCCAUCGAACAGAACAGUUCCUUGUGAAGGGAUGGGUGUGCACUUCUUCUGUUUUGCGUGUAUCCGCAGAUCUGCAGACACCCAAAUUGGACUUAUGAAGUACCAACUGCAAUGCAUGGACACUAGUGGCUGCCAGGCUAGCUUCACCAGGCUCCAGCUUCAAGAGGUGCUGGGAGCCUCAAUUAUGAAGAAGCUUGAGACUCUUCAGCAACAAGACGAGAUCGCACGAGCAGGCCUUGAUGGUCUCGAAAGUUGCCCAUUCUGUGAUUUCAAAGCAAUUUGUCCACCGGUGGAGGAAGACCGAGAAUUCCGCUGCAGCAAUCCGGAGUGCGAAAUGAUCACUUGCCGAAUAUGCAAUGAAGAGAGUCAUAUUCCUAAAACCUGUGAAGAGGCCAAAAAAGAAAGGGGAGUUUCGGAGCGUCAUCACGUUGAAGAGGCAAUGAGUGAGGCUUUGAUCCGAUCCUGUCCCAAAUGUAAGGUGAAGAUAGUCAAGGAGAUGGGCUGCAACAAGAUGACCUGCCCCCAGUGCCGAUGCAUGAUGUGCUAUAUCUGCAAGAAAGACAUUAGCCGGGAACAAUACGGUCACUUCGGGCGUGGCUGCAAUGUCAAUGAUGACCCCCGACAGAAUCGUUAUCAACAGGAAGUUGAACAGGCUGAGAAGAAGGCCAUUGAAAAGGUUCGAGCAGAGAACCCCCAUUUAACCCAGGAGGAGCUUCGGGUGUAUGGUUCAAGGAAAGACAGUGCCAAAGAGAACCCUUCUCGGCCUGCUCGACAAUUGCAAACUCCUCAGAUACCUGGAGGUGGUAAUUUGUAUCGAGUUCAUGGCCCGCAACAUGCACGUCGCCGGCAUGGCCCGAUGCCACCAUUGCCAGCCUAUCCCGAAGCAGGGCCCUUUCCACAAUGGCAACCUCACAAUCAAGGUGCUUUUCUACCCUACAUGCCACCGCAUCCUCAAUUUGACCUGUUUGCAGGCAUGCCAAAUUGGCACCAGGUGCACCCCCUCAGGCAUGACUUUCAGUAUUUAAACCCUCAUGCUGCUGCUGCUGCUCGCCCUCAGUUCGCUCCAAAUAGCGCCCUGUCAGAACUUUCCAACCAAAUCGCAGCUAGACGCGAUGAAUACAGACGACGUGAUAACGCCACCGUUACUAACAACGAUAAUACUACUACUAAUAAUAAUAAUAACCCAGCCGGCAUACCCCGUGGGCCUGUCGGGCUAUUGGCUAAUCGGGCUCGGCCAACUGCGGCUAAUUUUUCCGCCGCGACCCAGCCAGGCGUCCCUCCAAACGGCCGUCCUUUCACGAAUCAGGCCGACAUGACUGUGCGCACACGGAGGACUGCCGCAGCCGAGCCAUUUCCCGCCGAGCAGGCCAUGGCUCCCUUUGCCUUUCCUCAUCGGACGCUUGAUAUACCGAGACUCAACUUUGCCGACCACUUCUUCGGGCAACGAGAUAUCUAG